UGCAACCGGAAGUUAAAAAAUACUGCCUCUGUGGUUGCUUCGGAGUGACUUCAUAUUGCUGUCAUCGUACAAGAUUUGCGGCUUGAUAUUGACACCAUAGGUGUUGGUAAAACACUUGUAUCUUUGAGUCUGGGGCCGGGGUCAAAAAUUCCGUUGCUAAGAGCGUGCGGCUUGUGGUAAGAGCGAUCUUCUUAUUCUUCGUCUCAUCGACUCUCUCCAACAUGACUCACAACCAAACAUUGAGGGCAUACAUUUUCCCAGUAUGCGCUGUUCUGUGUGCAAUUUUCUCUAUUCCUUUGAUUGGCUGGCCGUCUUUUAUAUUUGUGAUGAAAGACGAGAAUUUCUUCCUUGACGAUUGUUCUGUCAAUUCUUCCCGCAUUUUGAACCCAAGUGAACUGAGCGAUAGAGAUGCUAUGGUUGGCUGUACAAAGCAGGAAAAGUGGUUUAGCUUGACUUUAACCGCCGCAGUUUUCUUUGGAGAUUUUUUAUCGAUAAUUUCAGGCUACGGUAUCGAUCGGUUUGGUGCCAGGCAAGUUUUCAUCGCUUCCAGUGUGCUGUACUGCUUAUCUGUCGUCUUGUUGGGUUUCGUCGCCCGAGGCACGUCAUUACUACUAUUCCCAGCAUGCAUCGGGCUCGCUAUAUCCGGGAUAGCGGUUCUUUGCUCUCUAGUGCGGGCGUCCACAAUGUAUGGCAAGAAACAGUCAGCGUUCGUAAGCCUUUGCUCAGGCGCAGGAAAUUCCGCCGCAGUGGUCCUUCUCUUCUUUAAGGUUAUCUAUGACCACAAUGUACCCUACAAGUACAUCUGUUAUGGUUACGCUACUGUGGCCGGUGUCAUCUUCUUCAUAACUGCUGCAAUCUUUCCUCGUAACGAGGUGAUCAAUCACGGAAAGCGCUCAGUCGGCGCGCGAUUACUCCAAAAUAAGGAGCAAAAACCGGAGGGAAGUGUGGGGUCCGCGCGCAAGCUGGUGAUAAGUCACGUGUUCAGUGGCGUAUUCCUGUGGACUGUUGCGUUCAAUGGUUUUUGCAAGUGGCGGCUGUGGUUUUACGUGGCUUCUUUUCGCCAAUAUAUGGCGUCAUUUCCUGGUACCAGCCCUAGCAUGGUUGAAAGUUAUGCAAAUUACUUCGGUAUCAUUCAAUUGUGUAGCAUCGGUUUUGGGCCAAUCUUGGGAUUUGUUAUUUCUUCUGGGAAGAGAGUAUCAAAGAGACUUGACAGCACAGACGACAGCUCAUCUAUGAUAAUCCAAAGCAACAGUAGCGCAACAUGCAAGGAUGCGCAAGCUUGCAAUGGCUCCUACAUUUCCACCGCUCAUCGCAUAUUAGAAGUUCAUGGGUGCCUAGCGGCGUUUUCCGCGACUUCAAUCCUUCUCUUUCUCGUUAACAUAAUGGUGGUUGCCCCAGUCCCCUCUUUACAGAUCAUCACGUUUGUUCUCGUAACCGCUAUCAGAUGUUUCUACAAUGGAUCUGCAUCAAGUCUAUUCCUUGUGGCGUUUCCCGUCUCUAGCUUUGGCGUGAUGAAUUCGUUAAAUAUGGUCACAACGUCCCUCAUCCAGUGUCUUCAGUAUCCCACGUAUAUCGUCCUGGAAAACUACUUUCCAAACCAGAUUAUUUAUAAGAAACUGCCCUUGCGCUUGCUACGCAGGCUACCCAGCCGUGGGAUGGGAAAGGAUCGCGGGCACACCGACACCACAGCUCGAAUAAAGCAGACCACAAGAGAAAGCCGGCUUUUAACACUUGUGAUAGUACUAAGAAACUUCUUUGAAGAUAAACAACCAGGAAAGGGCGGUCAAAUUAGCGCUUGAACCCCAGGAAUUUUAGGCAAAGAAGGGCAGAGAUAAAGUUGUUGAGAAGAUCAAAGAUGUUACGGAUCAAAAACUCUGUUCUCUUAUAAGGAGUGGAACAAGUGAGAUGAAAUCCAAAAUGGACGCUAUUUCUAUGAAGGAAGUAGGAACCAUGGUCAGGUUUUUUGAAGCAGGCAUUGCUAUUCUCUCGCCCAAUGAAGCCGAUGAAGAGGCAACGGAAACAUAGGUGGAAACCAAGAGACCAUGAUGUAUAUCAUGGUCUCUUGUGGAAACCUAGCCUAAAAUGAAUUGAUAAUUCAUUUUUAUAUGCCUGUUUUUGUUUUUUGUUUUGUUUUAUUUAGCUCUUAACAAUAUGUACACAUAGUUCAUAGCUGUCAACCCACUUGGACAGAAAUAUUGGGAAAUCGAGUGAAAUACAGAAAAAAAAAAAAAGAGCCAAUGCGGGCGAAUACGUAUAAAAUGUAUGAACAUUCUCACAAAAAAUAGAGGUUAGACUUGUGAUGAGGUCCAUUGUGACACCCGCCUAAUGCGGGUGAGUUGACAGCUUUGAUGGUUUUUUUCCAAGCGAGGCAUUUGGCUCUACUUGUUCAAAAUUAUCCCAUGCAAGAACAAGAACUAGUCACAGUCCCUUUGCUCUGUGGCAAAAAGUUUUAUUAUAGCUCUCCUAAUAUAGGAUUUUUGGGGACCAAAGAUGCGUAGCAGAACAUCUAAAAUAUUGCAAAAAAAAUUAUGCGAAACAUUAAUAAAUAGAUAGAAAAAGAACAAUAGCUGUCAAUAAUUAAUCCUAAAAGUAAAAUAUAUUAAUUGAUAAAAGGCCA